GUACAUGUGUAUAACCUCAUAUGUAUAACUGCCACAACCGAUUCUUCAUCUCACCCUCUUCUUUUUUGACUUCCUCUCUUCUGCUUUCUUCCCUUUUCAUUUUUCCUGUCUCUCGGUCCCUCUCUCUCUCUCGAUCUCCCACCCCUUCUUCUUCAAUCAUGCCUGCAACUGAGUAUCAGGGCUCCUUUCUGGGCCGCAUCAGCAUCCGCAGAAACCAGAUUGCCUCUAUGGAUGGCAACCAUGAGCAAGACCUUGAGGACCUUGAGAUUUUCCAAAAACAUGUUGCUGAUCGCUUCUCUGAUCUCCUUUCUGCAUCUGAUGCCACUGCUGAUGCCUCCGUCGACCCUCUUCUUUCAAUAGCUUGGCUGCGGAAGCUGCUUGAUGUCUUUCUCUGUUGCGAAGCGGAGUUCAAGGCGCUGGUGUUUAUGGGUCGUGACCCUUCGCAUAUCGCCAGGCCCCCUCUGGAUCGUCUCAUUCCUGAGCUGCUUGAACGGGUGGUGAAGGCGUUGGAUGUGUGUAAUGCGGUGACGCAUGGGGUGGAGUCGGUUCGGCAUUGGCACAAAUUGGCGGAGAUUGCAGUGACUGCGUUGGAACAGAGGCCGAUUGGUGAAGGCCAAGUUCGGCGUGCGAAGAAGGCUUUGAGUUCUCUGGUGGCGUCAAUGACAGUGGAGGACAAGGAGAGCAUCAAUUCCAAAGCGACGGAGCGAGCGUGGUCCUUCGGCCGGAGAGGCUCCAAGGACCGGGUAGCCGGGCAGUUCCGAUCGCUGUCCUGGACUGUGUCGAAGUCGUGGUCCGCGGCGAAGCAGAUUCAGUUGAUGUUGGGCAAUAUCGCGGCGCCGCGCGGCGCCGAAUCCACCGGCCUGGCGUUGCCGGUGUUCGUGAUGAGCAUUGUCCUGUCGUUCGUAACAUGGACCUUAGUGGCGGCGAUUCCUUGCCAAGAAAGGAGUGGUUUGCCCACCCACUUCCCUAUUCCACGGCAACUGCCUUGGGCACAAUCGAUUAUUGGCCUGCAAGACCGAAUUGGAGAGGACUGGAAGAAGAAGGAAAAGAAGGGUUCAGCUGGGUUGUUGGAGGAGAUGCAGAAGAUGGAGAAACUAGGGCAAUCCCUGAUCGAAUUUGCCGAUUCUUUCCACUUCCCUGCAGAGCCGGAGCGUGUGGAGGAGGUGGCUGCCCAGGUGACUGAACUGGCAGAGACUUGCCGGAAAAUGGAGGAAGGUUUGGGCCCCUUGCAGCAACAAAUCAGAGAGGUGUUUCACAGGAUGGUGAGGAGCAGGGGAGAAAUGCUUGAUAUACUGGAUCAAGCUGGUAAAGUUUCUAGUCCAAUUAUGUGACUGCAGGCGCGAAAUUGAAUCUUCAAUUUCAUGGGCGCAUUUGAAUUUGGGGUCUGAUAUUGGUAUUGGGUUUUUAAAAUUUUGAGGUAAUGUUAUGCUCCCGGGAUCAGCCACUCUGGUUGUGUUGAAGCAUCCAUUACUUAACUCUCAAAUGUACUCUGUCCUGUGUUAAUUGUAAUCUGUUCAGGGUACAGAAGCUGCCAGUCAAGAAAUAUGUACAUAGCCAAUAGGUUUUGUUUUUUCUCAGAGAAGAAUGAGAGCUUUACUAUCCAUCCUCAAACUUUGAAUGUUUUUAGCAGAGAGGCACUGCUGAACUGAUUCUCUCAUUCUUUUUCUUUGUUGCUUGUAUGACUGACUGGCGGAAGGCUGCCUUGAUGAUAAAUUAGCAAGCUUGCAUACUUUCUUUUAACUGAAA